UUCUUUCAUCCGUGUGUAAAUACUCUAUUCAUUCAUUAUACUAUAUAUGAAAUAAUAACUUGGAUUCAAUAUAAUUUAUAGUAGCAAUAAAAUAUUCAACACAGUCUUGAUCAUCACGCCUGCAGUCGAGAAUCCAGAUCAUCGCUUUCGUUCUUUCAUUGUGUGGGUGAGUAUCUCCUCCUCGCCUGUCACAAACCGUUAAAAAUAUCGCUACUUUCGCGUACCUUAGCGCAUCACCCGCCAUUCCGCUAGCCUGCGCAUCUAGAACCCUAUAAAAAUCCUCCUUUAUCAGCAUUUGAUUUUGAUAAAGCUUUUUUUUGCAGAAGAGAAAGGGAUAAAGGCGAAACCUUUCUUUCUUUCCCGUCGGUAAUGGGGGUCGAUUACUACAAUAUUCUCAAGGUUUCGAGGAAUGCGGCUGAAGAGGAUUUGAAGAAAUCGUACAGGAAAUUGGCGAUGAAAUGGCAUCCGGAUAAGAAUGCGGUCAACACUGAGGCUGCGGAGGCCAAAUUCAAGCAGAUUAGCGAGGCGUACGAUGUGCUGAGCGAUCCUCAGAAGCGGCAGAUCUACGAUGUCUACGGUGAGGAAGGCCUCAAAUCCAGUAUCCAUCCGCCGCCGCCGAGUAGUGGCGACGGAGGGGGGAGGGGGUUUGAGUUCAGCCCUAGGGAUGAGGAGGAUAUUUUUGAGUUUUUUUGGGGGUCCGAUGCUGAAAAGGAGAAGAGUGGCGGUGGAAGGGCGAAGAAAGCGGCGGCGAUGGAGAGUAAGCUGCCGUGUAGCUUGGAGGAGCUGUAUAAGGGCUCGAGAAGGAAGAUGCAGAUAGCAAGAGUCGUGCUUGAUGAGUCUGGUAAACCUGUGACUGUUGAAGAGGUUUUGGGUAUAAACAUCAAGCCUGGUUGGAAGAAGGGCACAAAGAUCACUUUUCCUGAGAAAGGGAACCACGAAGCUGGUGCCACUCCUGGUGACCUCAUCUUUGUCAUCGAUGAGAAGCCACAUCCAGUUUUCAAGAGAGACGGAAAUGAUCUAAUCAUCAAUCAUAAGAUCUCCUUAGUAGAUGCUCUCACAUGCAAGACUAUCAACAUAACAACCUUGGAUGGAAGGGAUCUAUCUCUCAAAGUAUCGAAUGUCAUCAAACCGGGACAUGAAAUGUUGAUUGAAAACGAAGGGAUGCCAAUAUCCAAAGAACCUAGCAAGAAUGGAAAGCUGAGGAUAAAAUUUGAUAUCAAAUUCCCUUCAAGGCUCACUGCAGAACAGAAAUCGGAUUUGAGAAGGAUUUUGGGCAAGGGGAACGCGUAAGUUUAGUAGUACUAUAACUCUAGUUACACUUAACCUAUCGAGACUAGAUAAUCUACUGUGCAUAUAGUAGGAGAAAUAUCCACUUCAGUUUCUUAUUUAUCUUCGAUAUUUUGAAGUAUUUACCAGUUACAUAUUAGCACAGCUAUCUCUGCUGUAAAAUACUAUCUGCAAUGAGAAAUCUGUAUCAUAUAAUAAUUCCUCUUAAAUGGAAAGCUCUUUCUUCAUA